UCCGUAACUUAUCCUCUUAGGCCGGUCACAUACAUUCGGAAUUCCGUUGCGGAAUUUCGAUUCGAAAUACUGUUUCGGGAUUCCGUUAAUAUAUCACACACAUACGUUUAUUUCCGUUCGGAAUGCAAUGGCAGGCAUAGGCCAUCAUACGGAAUUCCCAAUCAGAUUAAAUUUCGAACGGAAAAAACUGUAAGUAUGUGGUUGAUUCAUAGAUGUUGUAUGGAUUUAAUGCGUUCGAUAUUACGAAUCGAUAUUUCGAAUCGAAAUUCCGAAACGCAAUUCCGAAUGUAUGUGACCGGCCUUAAUUUUUGUAGGUGUAUUACUUUCACCAUGUACCGUAAUUGUUGUGUUGUGAGUUGUGAUAGUAGACGAAAGGACGUACAUUUUUAUAAAUUACCAAAAUCUGAGACAGGACUCCAAAAGUGGGUAGUGUGCAUCGGUUUUAAAAGAUUGCGAAGUAUCCAGAACUUAGAAAAGCAAUUCGUGUGUCAGAAACAUUUUGAGAAAAAGUUUUUCGCAUCGUCACGCGUGAGAUCUCGCCUUCGCGUGGACGCCUAUCCAUCAUUAUUUACGGCUGAUGAGAUCACUACUGGUAUACCGCAAAGCGUACACCACGACGCCGAUGGAACCAAAAAUGUCUCUCAUAAGCACAAGCACAAUUAUAUCAAUAGGCAUGAAGACCAUUCCUACAGCAAAGUUGAAGUUGCAGACAAUUGUACAAGAGUCGCAAUUGAGUUAAAUAAUUCUUCAAAAGAAAAUGGAGGCGCUUAUGAUGAUAAAAUUGGGGACAAAUUUUUGGAAGACAUAUUACAAGAAGGUUCUCAGCAGAUUCCAGGUGAUACAGCUUCACAAGAAACUGGAGUCCUUGAUGGUGAAGAUAUCUUUGAGGAGGAUAUAUUCGAAGAAAUCGUAGACGAUGAUUUUCACCAGAUUCCAGGAGAGGCGCAGCCUGCGACGCUGUCGGCGGGCGAGUUCUCGUGGCAGCGGGCGAGCGCGGUGGUGCCGGGCGACGCCGACGACGUCGCCGGUGCAGAGUAUGAGAUGGAAGCGGAGAUGUUCGAGGCCCCGGCGCCGCGGGCCCGCGCUCGCGAGCAGUCCCUGCACGAGGGGUACCGCUGCAACGGCUGCGGCGGGAGCAUAGUGGGGUUCCGCUACGUGUGCGUGCAGUGCGCGGACGUGGACCUGUGCGGCGCGUGCGAGGCGGCGGGCCAGCAUAUGCGCCACUACGCGCUGCGAGUGCCCGGCCCGCGGGCCUACGACGAGGUGGCCGCGGUGCUGCACAGGGUACGCCAGGCGCUGCUGGCCGACUCCAUCCUGCUCGGGGACGGUUUGCAGAUGGAGGCAGAGGUGAAGGAGGAGCCAGAGGAAGCGGACCCGAUAGCGAUGCCAUCGGACCUGAUAGCGAUGCCAGGGAACCCGAUAUUUAUAUCGAUGCCAGAAGAUCCAAUAUCGGUGCAAGCGUAUCCGAUAGCGAUGCCAGCGGCAGUGAAUGACGGGGACGAGUGCGCGAUAGAGGCAGAGGUGAAGGAGGAGCCAGAGGAACCGGACGAGUGCGAGUCGGUCGGUGCCGCGUCUGCGGCCGAGUCCACGCAUGCGCUCGAGGCCGACACGGCGGCCAGUGAUGAUGACGACAGCUACGCGCCGUCCGAGGACGACUCGGACUCGGACACAGAGGCGGGCCGGAGCGCCCCCGGACACACAGUCGACUACAGCACACCGACACGCUCGCAGUCUCACCACGCGUCACCAUCUUCGGCACGCGCUGUCAAGCGACCAGCGCCGGAUCCUAUAUGCUACUUCGACCUGAGGAAGAAUGCUGCGAUGAUAGCGGGUGACCGCAGCAAUAGCGACAUGAAGCCGGUCACGCAGCUCCACAGCUUGCCUCGCCACGAGGACGACACACUCGCUGACAAGAGACCGUUGUCCGCGGCACAAGUUUUGUUAGACUCUAAACGAGUGCGUGUUAUCCUAGAACGACUGGACAACACUGAACUAUUCACGCUGCGAGUCAAGAGAUGACGCUGUCUCAAAACGAAAGACUGACCAAAUAAAUGUGAUUUAUGAUUUAA